GACCGUCGCAGCUUAACUAUAAAGAAGUUCACGUGAGAACUACGUACAAAAUCGUUGACAGAUAUAAGCGCCUCUGCCCACAUAAUUAAGAAACUCACGGGUCGAUUUUCCGUACAUCAACAUCCUUAUAGUACUGUCAGUCUCGUUUGGUCCUGUCAGCUGGUGAAGAAGGGGAGACUGGAACGAUAAAAAUGUCGUUCGCCGAGAAAAUAUCGUCGAUUAUGCAAAGACCAGGACAGGACCCUGUUGCCAAGGACGAUGUACCUUGGUGGAUGAAGUAUGCUGGACGAGGACUCGGCACCGUGGGUAGUAUAAUUGCAAUUAUUCUUGGAGGAUGGAAUUGUUUAUCAAUUCUGAUGGGUUCGGUAGAUUGCCUAAUAAGUGGUAUGUGGCAAAUGGUAGCUGGUUUUAUAGUUGCAACAAUAGAAGCACCAUGUUGCUGUCUAUUUAUUGAUUAUGUACAAAACUUAAGUGAUUGGGUGGAAAAGAGACCAUAUUGGAAUAGAGCAGCUGGAUAUUGUAUAAUGGCAAUUCCUUCAGUCCUCCUUUGUUUUGGAAUGAGUAGCUUAUUUGGCAGUGGUCUGAUAUUUGCGACAGGUGUAAUAUAUGGACUAAUGUCACUUGGGCGAAAGGCACCACUUCGUGAAAUGAGAUCAGCAGCGACGAAUAUCGAGGUUCCUUCAUCGAGUAUGCAAGCUACACUUGUUGAAAAUGCUCAACCAAUGAGUUUUACCAAUAGACCAGAUAGUAAUGUUUAAAUCCUCAACAUUAAUUGGCAAAAGAAUUCAUUUUCUGGUAUGAAUGGUGAUGAAUGUUGACUUGGUAAAAUAUUCAAUAAUUGAGCCUAUGAAUAUGCAUUGUUUGAAGCACUUAUUAUUUAGUCCUACUAAUAUCGUAAUAUUUUAUCAUCUUCAAUUUAUGAUACUGUAAAUUGCUUAUAUUAUUUGUGCUGAUAUAUAGGUGAAGUAGUUAGGUCAUUUUUUCCUUUUCAUACAUAAUUUUUAAUUUAGUUUCAGUUGUGAACUUCGAUAUCAAUAGAGCAUUAGUGAUAUUAACACAUUAUUUACUAAACCAUUAUUAUAUAUAUAAAAGUUACAUUAUUUCAGUUUUUUAUUUGAAAUAAUGCCAAAGUUAAAGACUGCUAUAGAAAUUAUAUUCUGAUAGUAUUCAUAGGCUUGAUUUCUUGUGCUCCUACUUGUCUAUUGUGUGUCAUAAUGUUCAUAAAGAAUGAAAUUGAUGGGGAAAAAAUAAUCUUACGUUAGUUGAUUUUGGAUGUAGUUAUCUAUUUAAAUUUUACAUUUUAAGUGUAAUAUUUUGAACUAAAAUAACACUUCCAAAAUCAAAAUAUUCUAAGACUUUAAGACGAAUCAUUUAUAAGUUAUAGAAGGUGGACGAGUCAUAACAUGUAAGCUUUAUUUUCAUUUAUUCAUGUAUUGUAUACAUAUAUAUGUGGGAUAAGUCACAUAGUUAGAACAAUCCUCCAUUUGUUUAUUAUUUAGAAUAAAAAAUUAAUCUAUAAAUUAAGAAUUGAUCUAAAUCCAAUAAUAUUGCACUUCAUUUUUUUCUAGAAAAACAGCAUUAUAUAUAUAUUUUAUAUAAAUCAAUCUUUUAUUUUGUGAAUGAAAUUGGCAAUAUUUUGCAAAAAGAUUAUUUUGGAUAGAUUUUUCUUCAAAAUUGAUAUUUGAUGGAUGCAAAAACUAAUUUAUAUAAAAAAUUAAAUAUACAUGUAAUUUAAAAAGAAAGACAUUGUUCGACUUCGGUGUAUUAUUACAUUUAACAUGAAAAAAAGGAAACAAAAAGAUAGAUUAUGUAACUUUUCUUUUUAUUAUUUUAUCCUAUCUUGAAUAAAGAAAAUAUAUAUGGAAAUAUAAGUAUAUGGAUUACUUCGUUUAUUUUUUCUGCGAAAUUAUUUGUACAUAUACAUGUAUACAUACAUACAUUUGAAUUUACUUCGUAAUCGUUUCAUCCGAUAUUUAUAUUUAUAUAUAUGGUAUCUACUCCCAUAUGAUAUUCUUGAUUCCAAAACUACCAAACAUAAUUUUUUGUACCUUCUAUAUUUUUGUAGCUAAAUCUGAAUGAUAUAUGACAGAGAGUAUUACUGAUCAGAUGUACUGGUAUAUUUUAGUAUGUAUAAUACAGUUUUGUUCAAAAUUACAAAAUUGUAAAUAUAUAAUAUUCUGAUUAUUUCGAUAAUGUUUAUAUCAGAUUUUAUUCUAUUCAAAAUUGUUUUAAUCAGAAUCAGAUGUAUCAAUGACUUCCUCAUUUUUAUAGACAUUUUGAACUUCUUUCCCUCUUCAAUCCAUAUCAUGUAUUUUUAAUCGAAUAAGCAUUUAUUUCUUAAUCAAACUGUCAAAUUACUCGACCAUUAUCUCUCCCUACAUUCCCAUUUUUUAAUUAAUUUAUUUAUUAAGUAUACAAGACUAGAAAUAUUUAACUAGGUACCAACUUUUUAAAUCUUUGAUGAUUUUAGUGUUGCGUUUGCCAAAUAAAUUCAGUUUAAAUCCACUUCUAGACGUAUGUAAAUUAUUGUAUUUAUAUAGUGCGUAUUAUAAAGUUACUGUUUAUUGUGAUUUUCGUAUAGCAUUUUAUUGUGAUUGUUUAUAAUUAAGCAAACUUUUAGUAAUUUAUGUUCAUAUAUGAUAAAUAAUAUACUAUAUCAUACGCAAUGUUAAUUAGCAUGCAUUAAAAGAAAUAGGAGCAUAUUAUGUAAUUUGAUUAUAUCACAUGUAGUUUCUGUACUCAAUCUGAAUCGAACAUUUCCGACUUUCAUAUUUUAUCAUCUAUGAUUUAUUUUAAAAUUACAAAAUGCUUCUUUUAAAUUUAAAUUACGUAUUUUAAAAAAUAUAAUAAAACCAGGGUAUACUUACCUUGAUAACAUCAUUAGUGUCAAAUAUUUUUAUGUAAUGUUUAAUAGGAAAAAAAAUGAUAUAAAGGAUGUAUGAUAUUAAUGAGAGAUUAAAUUAGAAGCAAAUAUUCGGCGCUAAGUAAUUUUAUUUUGCUUUCAUUGCAUAAAUUUUGAAGAAUAUUUAGUGUUUACACAAUGAGAGAUGAUACUUGAGCAAAUUCAACAUGAAGAAAAUAAUAUAAAAAGGGAGAAAAAUGUUAAAAUAAAUUUUCAAAUGAAUGAUGUAUAAAAUAUACGAUAAGUUACAUAAGGCAUUUUAUUGUUGUUAUUGGUAGGACAGGAAUAUAUUUAUAAUAAUUUUCUGUCAUAAGGAAAUGUGUUCAAAAGUAUAUGUCGCAUGCGUAUUUGACCAACUAUUAUUGAGAAGGAUUAAACAUUUACAGUAACAUACAUAAUUUGCUAUAUAGGUUAGUGGAUUAUGAAUAAAUUUUAAGAGUACAUACUGUCUUCGAAAUAUACAAAAAUAUACAUAUGUAGAUAUUCAACUUCCAUUAAAUAGAAACCCAAUUGAAAUAUUUAUAAUGCUUAAUGCACUAUCACGAUUUCAAACCAAUAUGAUAUGUAUACACGGAAGGAGAUAGACUUAUUUUAAACAUAUAUCUAUUUAAUUAAAAAUAUCCUGUUAUAAAUAUGUUUAAUUUUUGGAGUAGAAAUUUAUAAAUAAAAGGUUCGGAUAUACACCGCUAUGUAUGUAUUACAUUAAUAAUUACAUGAAUAAAUUAAUAGGCUUGAUUAUUCGUUACAUACAUGUAUAGUAAAAUUGUCAAUAAAUAUUAAAAUUACA